ACGUGGCAUAUUCCUAACCUAUAAUGUACAUGACUUUAUAACGCAUAAGUAAACAAUUAUAGUUAUAGGUAAUAUCUAGAUAACAAUGCCAGGCUGCUGUGUGCCAAAAUGUAAAAAUUCGGCUGCUAAAGGAUUUAUGAUGAAACAUUUCCCAAGAAAUCCAGACAGAAGGGCUCAAUGGGCAGCGAUUAUUCCACGAGCGAAUUGGGUACCCACGGAUUGUAGCUGUAUUUGUGAGAUUCAUUUUUCACCGGAAAUGUGGGAAAAACCACAAAGUGAUGGUAAAAGAAUCCUGAAAUGUAAUGCAAUUCCAAAUAUGUUUGAGUCAUGUCUUGAAACAAUUGUUGCAUCCGGACAAAAUACUGAAUUAAUACAAUCAGUGCAAACUGUCGAGAUGGACGAGAACCCAAAUCUCGCCAGUAAUGAUAUUAUCGCUCAAGAUCAAGAAGAACCCAUUAAAUCUUUCGUAGUUGCGAUUACUGAAAAUAAACCGAAUUUAUCUUCAUCUAAUCGUGAUGAUAAAAUAGAUUGGAAGAAAAAAUAUGAAGAGCUCAAGGAUUUAUUUCGAAAACGUCAAAAUAAGUAUGAUGCUCUUCUAAGAAAAUGUAAUAGGUUGAAUACGCAUUUGAAAAGACUAAAUACAGAAAAACGAUAUCAGCAUAAGCAAUUAUGUGUAAACACAAAAUUGUACUCCAUAAUUAAAAAAGUAUUCACUAAUGAUCAAAUAAAGGCAUUAGCGAAGAAAACAACACGUAGUUCAAAGUGGUCUGUAGAAACACUUAUAAAAGCAAUUCGACUGAGAAUUGCUUGCGGAGCAAGUGGAUACAAAGAACUUUUGAAACAAUAUAUUCCUUUGCCAUCAUUGCGUACUUUACAAGAAAAACUAGAAACACUUCAUUUUGAACAAGGGAUUUGCGAAGAAAUUUUAAAUAUCUUAAAGGAAAAAGUAAAUAGUUUUGAAAAUGACAGAGAUAAAGAUGCUAUGAUUACACUAGAUAAAAUGAGUAUUAAAAGUGGAACUCAAUUUGAUCCAUCAACUCGAUCAUUGUAUGGACGCAGUUCAUUUUUGAAUAGCAAAGGAGAAAUUGGUAAGAAUUAA